AUGGGUUUGCCUGCGCAAUCGAAACCCUUAAUUAAAGCCGGGAAGAAAAGACGUAGAGAAGACGAGGCAGACACUGGGUCAGCACAGCAUGCUCCUCCCACAGCACCAGGGGCAGCAGCUGAUGAGGGUGGUAUCAAGAAGAGGAAACGCAAGAGAACGAAGCAAAUUGUUGAAGACCCGAAAGAUGCAGACAAGAAGGAUGGAAUAGAUGAGUCUAUUGGCAAGAUGGACGGGCCUCUCCUAGCGGAUUUCUUCGCACAACAAGCCAAACGGCACAACAGCCAAUUGACCGCCAUCGAAUUAGACGAUGUCUAUGUACCAGAACAGGCAUUUCUCGAUACGACUUCAUGGAAGUCACCAAGAGUGUUAGAAAAUCUGCCCGCAUUUUUGAAGGUUUAUAGCAGGAAGAAAGGGAGCCCCGACUCCCUUUCAACUGCACCUAAAGAAAAUGGCAGUCCGCAUACAAUAGUGAUCACGCUCGCAGGCCUCAGGGCGGCAGAUAUUACGAGAGCACUUCGGCAAUUCCAAAACCAAGACUGUGCAGUGGCGAAAUUAUUCGCGAAACAUAUCAAGCUGGCUGAAGCCAAGGAGUUUGUGAAAAAAACAAGAGUUGGUAUUGGCAUCGGGACCCCUGUGCGAUUGAACGAUUUGGCUACCUCUGGCGAGCUAAGACUUAAACAACUCCAACGGAUUGUCAUCGACGGCUCAUACGUCGACCAGAAGAAACGGGGCAUAUUCGACAUGAAAGAUUUACAUCUACCUCUUCUUCAAUUUCUCAAUCGCGCAGAUCUACGCCACCGAAAGCUGAAGCUGAAGAGAGCAGUUGCAUUAUCCAAGUACUGGAAGAAAAUCAAACGACCCCGGGGUGGCCUCAUGAUAUCCGUGUUCAUUAGAAUCCUUCGCUAUUAUCAGUUUUAG